AUGGAGUACAGGAGCGCAGCCACCCGGCCGCACGGCACGGCCAUCGGCGGGGCCAGCACAUCCGCACUGCGGCCUGGAGGCUUCAUGUCUGGCGGCGAGCACUACCUGCACCUGGAGGAAGCUGCCUUCCUGGCGGACCGCGGCAACCUGCUGCUCUUUGAGGAUGCCACGGGGCGCCCCGGCAGCGUGGGCAAGCGGCUGCUGAGCCUUGAGGAGGUGCUCCACGCCAUGGCAGCAUUUGGGGUGCCGCUCGAGCGGUACCUGCUCUACAGCGGCCUCGCACGCCUGGGAUUCAUCGUGCGCAGGUGA